AGGAGGAGUUUUUAGCCGCAUGGCUAAGUCCCGCUAGCCCGCCGUUUAAACAGCUCCUAUGUGUAUGUGAAUGCGGUGUGCUGACAUGACCUCGGCUGUGUUCUCUGCCAUAGAUGUGCUGAUAAAGCCUCUCGGCGAAGCCUCAGCACCGUCCUCGCAGCGGGAGGCACUCCUGGCCGCGCUGCAGGCCAACAGAACGCUUCUGCUGGAGCAGCUGCACGGCGAGAAGAGGUUUGAGGAGGUGAGGAGGCUGAGGGAGGAGGUGACGGCCGGGGCCACCUGGCUCUGCAGCGACACAGAGGACACAACAUGGUGCUUCGUCCAGGAGUGCCUUCUCCUGCUCCUCAGCUUAGCGCAGCACCUCUCUGUGCAGCUGGAGCUCUUCAACCAAACAUCGACGCCCUCGGCAGCGAGACUCCGCACUCCAGAAAUGGCCCCGGCCUUAUCGCCGGACGUCCUCAGCGUCAGCCAGCAGAAGACGCUCGGGGCAGCCCUGCAAUUUGUGAUCUCCUUAGGGCUCUGCCCCUACUUGGCACCAGGGGUGGGCGUGCCGCUCGGCCGCAGGUCUGCAUUUGGGGCCAUGGUGGAAGGGUUGGUGUGCGGUGGUGCGGUGCCUGCAGCGGACCGCCGCCUGUUGACCACCACAACUGUGCUGCUGCAGUUGGCGGAGCUGUCGUCCCUCGCCACGCUGGUGUUCACCAGGUGUCUGGGAGACAUCAUGGCGGCUCUGUGCCAGCUUGGCUACCGGCCACACCGGGCUGAAGGAGGUGGCGCUCAAACAGAGAAGGAGCUCAAUUUAGAGGAACGCAAGAGCUGCAGGGAGGCUCUCAAAGGCCUUCUUGGAAAAGUCUACCAGCCAAUUGUUGUCAAGGAACUCCUGAUCCUCCAAGGUGGACCCAAACAGUCCGGCGCAGCGGGAAGCUCCAGCAGCAGGGCAGCUCUGGGAUCAGCUCCUCCCUGGCUGAGGCGUCUGUGCGGGCAGCUGCUGUCUGAACGGUUGAUGCAGCCCAACGGCGUCCAGGCUGUGAUCAGAGCCAUCCUGGAGGGAGGAACAGGGGGCGAGUCAGACUGGAGGAAAUGUGACGGGGUGGCCAGAAUCCUGGUGGCCUGCCCUCAGCAGUCUGCCUCACCAGACAGCUACUACAGACAGGUCUGCCCUCAGAUCCUCGACCUGCUGCACAUCAGAGACAAGCUGACCGCCCAGCAGUUUCAGCGCGUGGCCACCAGGGCGGCGCUCACCUUGACGGAGGACAAGCCUGAGUUCGCGGAGCAGUACCUCCUCGCUCCUCUCCUCAGGCCGCUCCAGCGCUGCUCCACAGCAUCCGCUGACGAUGACUCUCAGACGCCUGUGGAGGACUGGGAGCUCACACGCUGUGUUGAGGAUGUGUACAAGAUCUGGGUGGUGGGAAACAGUCCAUCAGCUCCUCUAAUGAAGGCUCUGGAAGAAGUGCUCCCUGUUAUUUUCACACUUUUCUGUUUCACCAAGCAGAACGUCUCCCACCUGCGCGCCCCCUGCCAGGAGAUCUUGCUGUGGUACCUGGGUCACACUGAGAAGUCUGGGGCUCUCUUGGUGCUGAGGCAGCUCUCGGGCCUGGGUGAACAGAUGAAAGAAGUGGCGCCGCACUUCCACUUCAUCCCUGGUAGCGAUGGAGGAGCCAAGCUGAGCCUGAGAGACUCCGUCAGUGAUGAAGAUGAUGUGCUGUAUGAGCAGCUGUCAGGGGAACAGUGGAGGCUGGAGUGUCUGGUGCAGCUGCUGGCUGAGCUCAAAGACAGUGACCUGCCUGGAGACUUCUUCCUGGAGUUGCUGCAGGAUCUGACGAGCUUGGCAGCAGAGGAAGACGAGGGGGAAGACGAACAGGAAGUGGAUGUGUCGGCCAUGACACUGUUAGAGGUGGAGCAGCAGCUGUUGGGUCGCGCUGCCGGCCGUGGUCAAAAGCUCACCCUGCUCCAGGUGUUGGCCGUGGUUUGUGAGUCUCUGCCACAUACACUGCUGCUGAGAAAAACCACACAGGUGGUGGACUUCAUGGUGUCCCUGCUUCAGAGGGCAUGUGUGGGUCUGGAUCGGGUCACUGGUCCCAGCACCGGGAGCCCAGUAGAGAGCCAGACACUCAGCAUGGGGAUGGGUCUGGUGGCCACCCUGCUCUCUGCACCUCAGCUGAGUGCAGGAGACUACGCCUCAAUGUCGGUUCUGCUCCCGCCUCUGGAGGUGCUGUCUCAGAAGCAUCCUGACGUGGUCAUCCAGGAGCUGGCAUCGGGACUCAGAGCCAUCAUUGCCACGCAUGGCGCUUACCGCCCUGAAAACCUCACUGCCGCGUCCCAGCGCUCCAGACACCCUUACAUGACGCAAAACAACAACGCUGCCUCUAGGAAAAAGCAGAAGGUGCAAAGUGAAGCAAGAGACUCGCAAGCAUCGCAGAGUGGCACACGCACGGAAACACAACUUGGUAAAACAGGCCCCCCUGAAGAGGCUGGACCGGGAAGAGGUCCCGCAGGAGGAGGGCAGGGCUCCGGCACUGGUGGCUCAGCGGCUCCCACCAGGGCCUUUUCUGACUGGCUGCUGGAAGCAUGUGACCCCGACGUGCCGACCAGGGCGGUGGCUCUGAGGACACUGACACGGAUGGUGCAGGAUAGUGACCCAGAUGCUGUCCAGGCCCAGGAGAAGGUCCUGAUGCUCUUCUUAGAAAACCUGGAGCACGAGGACUCAUUUGUCUACCUGUCUGCCAUUCAAGGCCUGGCUGUGUUGGCUGACUCGUACCCUGAGAAAAUCCUGCACAGACUCCUGGGAGAGUUCCAGCACGGUCCCUCUCUUCCCAAGUCUAACAAGGAGCACUCGCUGGAGACCCGUCUCAAAGUAGGAGAGGUCCUGAUGAGGGCGAGCAGGGCUAUGGGGGAACUGGCGCCCCACCUUGGCCGCCCCCUGGUGGGCGUCUUCCUGCGGGGAACCAGGGACCCGGAUCAGACUGUCCGGGCCAGCAGUCUGUCCAACCUGGGGGAGCUUUGCCAAAGACUGGACUACGCCCUGGGACCGCUGGCUCAGGAGCUUAGCUCCUGUCUGUCUGCGCUGAUCAAGACAGAGAAGGAAGUCGAGGUGAGGAGAGCUGCUGUCCAUGUCAUCGCCCUGCUGCUACGAGGCCUCAGCGACAAAACCACCCAGGUCCUUGGUGAUGUCUUGUUGGACUUGUACCGAGCCCUGAAGUGGGUGGUUCGGUCGGACCAGGAUGAUGUUGCGGUGCUUCACGCCCAGCUGGCAUUGGAGGAGCUCGAUGACGUCAUGAGGAGGUUCAUCUUUCCCGAGCAAAAACUGGAGAAGAAGAUUGUGGUUCUGCCAUAGUGCUCAAACUUUUAUUUCUUCAAGGUUUUUAUAACUCCCUACAAUGUCUGCCUGCGUGGGCAUGACACUUAUUGAAAAUGGGACUCUAUUUUUAUGUGCUCCGUUUAUAGAGAAUGUCAGUUCUGCUUCUGUGACUGCGCUUUUACCCUGAGGCGCCUUCAGCAAUCUGGGACAGUGGGCUAGAAAGUACAGAUGGACUUGUCACCAGUUAGCUACUGUUUGAGGUCAUUUUAAUAUAAGGACCACCACCAUCAAAACACCGAAUGAUGAACAUCUUUUGGAAGAAUCGAGUUCUGUCCCUCCAGGGCAGUUUCAGAGACUUGGAGAAUCUAUGCCAAGGAGCACUGACGCUGUGAUAUAGCAGCUCAUGGUGGUCCAGCUCAUUACUGAGACAGUUUAUGUUGGUUUCUCCUUUGUCAUCCGUAUGUAGAAGACAUUGACAUUCUGAAGAUACCGCUAGGGAAACCCAUAGGAAGUUUCCUCAAUGUCCAGAUGUGCACGCAUCCAAUUUAGUUUCAUAGCCAGGCUUUUAUUGUUGGAUUAGAUCUACGACUAUGUUUACAUGCACAAAGAAUUCUCUUCUCCAGAUCAGUCAGGUAGGCUGUUGGGGUGACACUGCAUAUUUACAUGGUAACGCAGAAUACAGCAGGUAAGAUCUUACUCAGGUGUAAGAGAUGCCUGAGAUCCCAUGAUAAACUAGUUACCAUGACACUGAAACAUCUUACUACUUAGACUUGUAAAAGGAUAUGGUUAUACUGUGAUAUCAAUAAAAACAUGGCAGCAAGUAGUACUGACUAUUGAGAUUAUUAUUUCUUAGUCAUGUAACCAACCGUCGCUCAGUGAAGGAAAUAUUCUCUGAACUGGUUCAUUCAUAGCAACAGAGGGACUCGAUCUCAGGGUAUCACAUUCAUGUCAAUGACAUGACCUGAAAAAGACCUGUCAGCCACAGUGUGGACAAUCGCUGGACUACCCCUUGCAUGUAAACACAGCCAGAUGGAGUUUGUCAAGGGGUUGAAUUGAGUCACACUCAAGAGGACUGAGGAGACUCUUCCAGUCAAAUCGGGGUAAAACAUUCCUUCUUUUGUCCAGGGUCCCCCCUCUCAGCCAUUCAGCUACAUAUGAACUGUGUAUGAGGCAUGACCUUAUGUCAGGCAAACAGUAUGAGUUCCACUAGUGUUUGCAGUCCAUAGGUGCCCCUCCGUGUUGUUUAGAAACAGAGGGUCUUUCAUCACAAUGGCAGAUUUAGGCCUCUUGGUAGCACUGUUACCACACCACGUCUCUUAAAUCACACCUGUGUUUACCCUGGGGGUUAUGCAUUCUCUCUCUCUGGCACCUCAAACAUCCUAAAAGGAGUUUGGUAACAAUACCAACAAGGCUUAUUUAAGAAAUGUUUGCUGCUCUGAUGCAUGACUUAAGUGUCACAAAGUGUGCAUUUCCAUCUCAGAUCUGCCAGACAGGCGUUUUUCAUCCGGGUUUUUCAGCUGCAAAUGAAAGAAUACUGCUUUCAUGUGAAAUUAAAUUGGUGGAAAUGUUUGAAA